AUGGAGAAAAACAACGAUGCUAUUGACCUCCAAUCAAAUUCUAAACGACCUCGUGUUGAAGUAGAUUUAGCAAAUCUACCCGGAGAUCCUUACUUCAGGAAAAAAAUAUGCGAUUAUCAUCCUAGUGAUAGAGACCGAAUCCGAAGAGCAUAUCUACAAAUAGGAGCUUGUCAACCCCUUGACCAUGAUUUUCCAAAAAGAAAAAUUGGAAAUACAAUGCGUCGUUUUAAUCCAGCAUGGUUCAAAGAAUAUAAAUGGUUGGAGUACAGUAUAGAAAAAGAUGGUGCAUAUUGCUUAUACUGUUAUCUAUUCAAACCGGACUUUGGAAAUCAAGGAGGGGGAGAUUCGUUUGUUACUGAAGGGUUUAGUAAUUGGAAAAAGAAAGAGAGGCUUGAAUGUCAUGUGGGGGCUCACAAUAGUGCACAUAAUCAAGCUCGACAAAGAUGUGAAGCUUUGUUAAACCAUAAACAAAGCAUCAUAACAGUUUUUGACAAGCAAUCAGAUCAGCAGAAAAUGUUAUAUAGGACUCGUUUGAAUGCAUCAGUUGAUUGUGUUCGCUUUUUACAACAACAAGGAUUAGCAUUUCGUGGCCAUGAUGAAUCUAAAGGUUCAAAUAAUCAAGGAAAUUUUCUUGAAUUGUUGCGGUUUCUUGCUAAACACAAUGAAGAAAUUGAUAAGGUGGUCUUAGAUAAUGCUCCUAAAAAUCAUCAAAUGAUUGCACCACAUAUUCAAAGAGAUAUAGCAAAUGCGGUAGCAAGUGAAACCCUAGAUGCUAUUCUUAAAGAUCUUGGAGAUUCGCCAUUUGCUAUCCUAGUUGAUGAAUCUCGUGAUAUAUCCGUUAAAGAACAAUUGGCAAUUGUGUUGCGUUAUGUAGAUAAGCGGGGCCAUAUGAUUGAACGUUUUUUAGGCAUUACACAUGUUCGCAGUACCACAGUUGUAGAAUUGAAGAAGACAAUUGAUUCAGUGCUUAGCAGGCAUAAUUUAAGUAUUAGCAGAUUGCGAGGACAAGGAUAUGAUGAAGCUAGCAAUAUGUGA